CCGCAGUAUUGCCACCGUUCUGCAUCACUCAUCAAAACCCUGCGGCAGGCCGACUGCUUCAUUUGAAAGGCUUGGGUUAGCUUAGUGACAUCAGCAAGAGUUUAGUGAACGCUCUUCUCUAAUGAGAUAGUAGAAAACCGGCAACCUACCCACUCUAUCGUGCUCACUUUUUGCGCUUACAUCUCCUUCUAAACUUUGUUUUGGGAGCUAGUACUUUAUUCUUGUUUUGGUUUAAGAAAGAAUAAACCGUCGGUUUUCCAACCUGUGUCACAAGCUAAAACGUUAUUUUGUUUUUGCUGCAUUACAUUUAAAACCGUUGAGUGCACCUUCCUAGUAUCAAGACAUUUUGAAAAAUGGCCAAAGAUGACGGCAAGGUUACUUGGAAGGAGUCAAUUUGGAACCCGAGGACCGGGGAGUUUAUCGGCCGGACGGCAAGCAGUUGGGGGCUCAUCAUCCUCUUCUACGUGGCCUUCUACAUCUUCCUGGCGGCAUUCUUCUGCCUCACGAUGUACGCGUUGCUGAUGACGCUGGAGGACAACAGGCCGAAACACCAGGACAGGCUGGUUGUGCCAGGCUUGAUGAUGAGGCCUAGGAGUGGUAACCCUUUUCUGGAGAUCGACUACAUGAUGGAGGAGACUGAGAGCUGGGACAUGUAUGUUCAGGCCUUAGACGAGUUCCUCUCGCCCUACAAUGACUCUGAGCAGGCCAAGAAGAACUACGAGUGUGUGUCUGACAAGUACUUCUUCCAGUCGGACAGCGGAAGUGUGAAGAACUACCCCAAACGCUCCUGCCAGUUCCACCGCUCCAUUUUGGGGGAGUGCUCCGGCUUGACAGACCGUACCUAUGGUUACGGUGAUGGCCAACCCUGCAUCAUCGUCAAACUCAAUCGGGUGAUUGGGAUGCUGCCAGGUGGAAAGGACGGGGAGCCUCCAUUCGUCACCUGUGCGCCCAAGAUAUACGGAGUUAGUGAAGAUGACACGGAGACGACCGAGGACACUGACAAGAUGGGUCAGGUGAUGUACUUCCCUCCCAAUGGCACCUUUAACCUCAUGUACUAUCCCUACUACGGCAAGAAAGAACAGGUGAACUACUCCCAGCCUCUGGUGGCUAUUAAGUUCCUCAACCUCACCACCAACACAGACAUCAACGUCGAGUGCAAGGUCACCGCUCCGGGCAUCAACGCGGUCAACGUGAAGGAUAAGUUUGGCCUCAAGGUGGUAUUCAGGCUAAGGGUUAACAGCAGAAACUAACGGCAAAGUCAGUCAUUUACCAACACAUGCCCACCCAGUUCCCUACACCUCACAGAAAACACAGCAGCACAGCUCACACCGCAAAACACCAUGCAACACGCCCAUGCAGAGUCACAGACCAGUACUAGCACCUACUUUGAGACUACGUUUACACCGUCCACUUUCCAGAGCUAGGAAGUCCCCACUGGGACCCCUCCAGCUCCUGACCAGAGCUGUGUUAUAUGGAGAGGAGAUCCAGGUGCCAGUACUGAGUUUGGUGUCUGUGUGUUGGCUUUGGAAGAACAUAACUAUUUUCAGUAUACUAAUACGGAGUCUAUCUAUACUGCAUGACCAAGUAGAGGAAACUAUAAGACAAACGCCUGUAUAAUUGAAAUGAGUAACAGGGUUUUUGCUAUGAUCGUUCCCCAUCAGAUAACUCAAGCCAGCUUUUGCGAUGCUUCAGUACUUCUACAAAAAAAAACACAGAAACACCACAGUACUGAGCAAAACAACAAAACCUUGCGCAGAUCUACCAAGGCAUUCAAAAACAUAGUGGCUGUCAUUGUUUGCAGGUGUAAAACACCCUGACAGCUUCAUGCAGCCAGACCCUUUUUUUUUCGGAUGGAGAGAGCAGACGGAGGGGACGUUUCUGUCCGUGUGUGUGUGUCGUCUCCAUGUUGUGAGGAGUGCAUUGUAGGGUGACUCCUCUCAGUGCUGUUCUAUGCGUGCAUUAUACAUGAGGCUCAUUUAUUUCACCAAGUGUAACUGGACAACACUGCAACAGGCAUCAUAUUCACACCCCCCACCUGCCCCCCCUGCUCACACACACACACACACACACACACACACACACACACACACACACACACACACACACACACACAUGUAGGUACGCAUGAACACAUUCACACACAUUCAUGUACACUCGCUCACACUCAUUCACUCAAUAAAAAGGAUGACAUCCAUACCAGAGGGCUGAGUUCAUGGCACUUAUGGUUGAGUGUGCAGUUGAUGAUGGGGCUUAUCCUAUCCUUCCUCACUGUACAGUGUAUAGUCCAACAUCAAGAAUAAUUUAUUUUAUAUAUACGUCAAACAACCAUACACACACACACACCCACACACACAACCAUUCCAAACAUCUUCAGAAACAUAUCUUUACCAUAUGGGACAUGUGCACGUUUGUUUAUAUGACAUGUAUAAGCAAUUUCUUUUUGGUUUCUUUCGUUGUUUUUGUCUGGUCCUUUUUUCUCUCUCGCUUGUACUUAUUGCAUCUAUUCUACAUGUACGUCCGUGCAAGUAAGAAAUAGAUGCCGUUUUAAUUUUGUAUUGAUUUGCACUGCGAUUGUGUGUUGUGAAAAGACAUAAGUUGAAAGCUUGAUACAGUCAAUCGGAAAAGAAAAUGUCGAGAUUGCAUGUAUGAGUGUGUGUGUGUAGGAGCGAGUGAGAGUGUUUGCAUGUGCGGGUGCGAGUGUAUUUGUGCUAUUUUUCUUUUCUUUGGUUGUGAAAUUUAUGUUGACAUUUCUGUUUCUGUCAUACAUUUAUGUACAUACCUAGUCUACACUCGACUAUAUUACGAAGGCCGUUUAGGUUACACUGAUAGAUUGAUAAUUAGUUGUACACAUUUGCUGGGCAUUAGGCCUCAGUGGGAAAGGCCUUUUCAAACCUGUAGUCACCACUCAAACACUUGGAUGAGUCAAUAAAAUCAAAUAAACAUCA